AGUUAUUGUAGCACUAGGGACCGCAACGUCACAGCCAAGGCAGAGGAGAGAAAAUAUACACAAUGACUCUGAGUAUCAUCUUUUUUUAAAGUCUGAUAGUUUCUGUCUCGACGUCAUGGUUAAAAUCUUCAAAUCGCCAACUAGUUUCAAAAUGUCGUGGUUGUUGUUGGCAACACUUUGUUUUCUUUCCGUCCAGAUGUCCCAGAGCGACGACAAUCAGAAAAGAAUGUCGACUGUUGGCAAGUGGCACAUGUUUGCGCUGCCGAAAUUAUUUUCCUCGGAAAAAAUAGUCGAAAUGAUCAUUCUAACCAACGGCCCGUUUCCCGUGAAGUGUACGUAUCAAGUGUUGGAGCAAGAGAGUAAAGUAGAUCCCUUAAGCAUAGAUCUUGCGAACAAAAACAACAUCAUUGAUAUCAGCACCUAUAGCAAAAGCGAAGCGAUUUCUGUACCCUCCAUAAACGUGACUACCUCCGUUGACUCUAGUGUCCUGUUGUAUAUUGCUAAAAGCCCUUCGCUUAGCGCACUGGUCAAGCUUCUGCCUGUACAAUAUUGGGGGAAGGAGUACUAUGCUGUUUCUUUGGUAAAUAGUCCUACGAUACUGAUCACCCCAAGUGAACUCAAUACAACAGUCGUAAUAACACUUCUGAGCAAUUACAACAUUGAGAAUCGGACUGCUUCUACAAAGGAGGAUACAUACACUCUGGAUAAUUUCAUGACGCACUCGAUAUCGAUAUGUGAAGUUGAAGAGGCAACGUCAUUCACAGGUACACAUAUUGUCGCUGACAAAAAAAUAGGAGUCAUCUCAGGAUCUUGCUUCAGCAGAGAAUUAAGAGUAGGAUGCGAAAAAGACAACGUUGCUAUUGCGGAUGUAGGGUUAGAAAACAUCCUGCCCGUGGAGUACUUCGGCUUAGAGUUCAUGACCUUCACCCCUACCAACAAUGAAACAAGCAAGAAAUCUAAUAUAGUGGGGGAAGUAAUAGUUGUAGCCAGCAGAAGCAAUACCAAAGUCACAUUUAUGUCUGGUUCUAGUAGCAACGUCUCAAAUUUGGACGUGGCCGGAAAUUCGACCAGGAUCUUAAACCUAGAGCCUCAAGUGAUAAAAAGCAACUUUCCAGUCAUGGCUACCUACGCGAUGUAUGGCAGUUGUGAAGCCAAUUUGGGAGCCCCUUCUUUAACGGUUCUUAUUCCGACCUUUUUGUACUCUACGUUUUACGAGAUCAGUAUCAGGAAUCCCAUGGAGGAAGGGUGGUCUUUCGUCGUGAUCUUCAAAGGGACUGCGGACUCAUUGUUUGAAACGAACUUAGGACAAGUCAAAGCACAAGACGUCCAAGGGGUUAGAGGUCAAACGUCUUGGAGCAGCGGAUUUAUACCAAUAGAAAAUAGCAGCUUCGUUUACAUGCCAGGUUCCCCGGCCUUUGGCUGCUAUGUUCAAUACGUCAAGAGCAACACAGGAGCCAUAACUUAUGUCGAUGUCUUGAAUAGUACAGACGAGAAAACAACGCCUGCGCCCAAGGUGCUGACCACAGUCGUGACGCUCCCUCCUGUCCAGACCACGGCCCAGCCUAAAAUAACCACGGCCCAGCCAGUAAUGACAACUGGCGGCUGCACGAUCUCUCUUUUGAUCAUUCCCGGGGACAACAUUGAUAACGACUGCGAUGGUGCUGUAGAUGAAGAGCUCGCAAACGGAAAAGACGAUGAUGGUGAUGGGAAAGUUGACGAGGAUCUUGCUCAACUAAUUGCUACCAUGACCCAGGAGCAACCAGUAUCGAACUAUUCCACAAUAAAAACAGAAACACAUUCAGUUUCUGCUGAGAUACUGGUCUUCAAUACUACCGUCAGAAAUACUCUGUUGGACCGUAGCACAUCCGCUCCGCUGAAGUCGACCCUAGUGUUGGUGGUUGGUCUUCCUCUUCUUCAAGUCAUGUACUUCCUCGGGACACGGUCUGCUGCUGCAAAUCUAAAUAUAGACGAGAAGGCCAGUCGCUAAAGGAAGCAAUCCACAAGGAACAGUAAAACAAGUUAUCUAUUCCUUAUGAAACUUGGGAAUGUAGGAUUUGUUAAUAACGUUUUAGCCUUAUAAUGUUUGUUUUAUUAUUGCACGCCUAAACAGAUAAGCUAAAUGCAUAUUUAAAUAAGGAAAUAAAAAAAAAAGUUUGUUUUAAUGCCAUACAAAUAUGCAUUACCAAUAGUCUUCCUUCUAUUUAGUUUGCAAGGUACAUUGUCGAAUAAAGGUAGACAUCAACAAUGGUCAGUCUGCAUUACUUCAUUCUAUACAUAAAUAGCGAAAGAUAUACAUACAUUAGGCCACAAACACUCAAACCACCUACAUAAUUAGUCUUCAACUGUAUCUAAAAAAUGUGCAUGAGUUUUACAAAUACAGUACAUCUAGAGACUACAUCUAGGUACGUGUAGCGUUACCUCACUUUCUUACAUUAAUAUAUAGCUUUUUUAUGCAUUACAUCCAAGAGCACUUUUAUAUUUUGCCUUCUGUUUUAGGAGAUUUACAUUGAAUCCAAUGUAUAUGCUUUAAUAAAAAAUAUAAGAAAAACGUAUAUAA